GAAUAGGGAUAGAUAAAAUCAAACAUAUUACAUAUAGCGCUGAUGCAAUUUCUAGACUAACAGUUGCACAAAUUCAAAAUAUUAUAAAUCGUUUUCCAAAAAAGAAUGCACAUGUGAUUGAACCAUCUAUCUCAAAUGAUUCAGAAAAAUUACCAGAAACUGAGGUAAGUGCAUUGCCUGAAAAGGUUUCAUUGGAAAUCCAGGUAAAUACAUCUAACAAAUCCCAUCCUCCAAUUUCUACUUUGCCUGAUGAUCCAGAAUGGCGUUGGAUACCCUGUCCUAUAUGCAAUAAAGACCAUGAAAAAGAUAAUAUAAGGAAUAAUAUAAAUGGACAAUGGGGUAGUGGUGAUUAUGUCAAUACAGAAACUUAUCGUCUCAAAUGUUGGGAGGCUUGUCAGAAUUCAAUCCAAAUAGUAACUGUGAAAGUGUAG